UUUCCAUUACAAAUACAGAUUGAUUGAACACUUGGUAAUGAACCCACCACACACUUCAUUCCUUGCUUUGUAACACACUUCACUAACGAUGGAGAACAUUUCCAUGCUCGAUCACGUGCCUGUUGGAUUCAGAUUCCGCCCCACAGAUGAAGAACUCGUGAACUACUACCUCAGACACAAGUUGCUCCAUGAUGAUUUUCCUGUCCACAUCAUCCCUGAGAUUGACGUUUGCAAAGUGGAACCUUGGGACGUACCAGCGAGAUCAGUGAUCAAAUCUGAUGACCAAGAAUGGUUUUUCUUCAGUCCUGUUGAUUACAAGUAUCAAAAUAGUAAAAGGGUGAACAGGACAACCGAACAUGGCUACUGGAAAUCCACUGGAAAGGACCGUAACAUUAGGAGAAGGGGCAGCACCAAUGUCAUUGGGACUAAGAAGACCCUUGUUUUCCAUCGAGGACGUGUUCCCGAUGGUGCUAAGUCCAACUGGGUUAUUCAUGAAUAUCAAGCUAUUACCUCCCAUCAAACCCAGAGGACUUUUGUUUUAUGUCGCUUGAUGAAGAAAGCUGAGAAAAAAACUGAACGGGAAAUUGAGGCGCCGAACUUUGAUGAAGGGGAGCCCAGUAGACGUGUGGUUCCUGACCAUGAAAUUCCGGCUACACCAGUAGAAAUUCCAUCAGUAUCUUUAACCGAGAUUGAUAUAGAAGCAAUCCUCCAGGCAAUGCAAGAGUCUCCCACUGAUAUUGCGUCUGAUAUUGAUGUCUAUUUUAGAAAUGAUAACCAGACGCAAACUCCAUUUGAAGCUACUGAUGAUGAAGAUGAGUUCGUAAAUUCAAUUUGGGCUGAUGAUGAAGAAUUUGUUAUCAAUGAAGAAAGAAGACACUGUUUUGUCAAUAGUUCCACACAACCAAAGUCAUUGAGAAGGGUUUACAAUGGAAGCAGUGAGAUAGAUGCUGAAGUUGUCUCUAAUCUGCAUGACAAUAUUAAUUCUGGUGAAUACCCAACACUGAAAAUAUUUAAAUCAUCACAUGAUGCUAUCCGUGGUGGCACGAGUUGGAUAGCUUCUAACCAUGAAGCAAACAUAGAGAAAAAGCAGAAUAUAAUUCAAGAUGAUUUCGGGGCAGUGGAGACAUCCUCUUGUGACUCGACCCCAGAUGAACCUUUAGAACGUGGAAGAACAGACAACUUCAUAUUACAAAGAACUGUUACCGGAAGAACUAAAAUACAGAGGAAGGUUUCAAACAAUGCAGUAUCCAAAGUAGAGGCUCAGAAGGAAUUGCUCAACGUGAAAUCAGAAAAAGAUCAGAAAAAUGCUCAAAAUACUAGUUCACGAGGAAACUUCAAAACCAGAAGCCAUCAAUCCUCUGAUGUCAAUAGAAAAGGUUCUUUCAUCUACAUGGAGACAGUUUCAUCAAACCAAAGCCAAUUUCCUCGCUCAGUACAUCUAGUAAAUGUUGUUAUAGGGAUUUUGUUGUUAAUAGUCAUCAGUUGGGAAGUAUUAUCAUGUGUGUUGCCAAAAGCGAUGGAGAGCAGAGGUUAUCCGGAUCUUGUAGGACUAGGAUUCCGUCCAAGAGAUGAUGAGCUUGUCGGCUUUUACCUCAAACACAAGUUGCUUAGUGAUGAUCCACGUGUGCAAGUCAUCCCUGUCAUUGAUCUUUGCCAGGUCGAUCCUUGGCAUGUACCAGUGAUGUUAGCGGAAUCAGCCAUACGAUUCAAUGACCCAGAAUGGUUUUUCUUCAGUCCUGUUGAUUUCAAGUAUUCAAACAGUAGAAGGUUUAACAGGACAACCAAGUGUGGCUUCUGGAAAACCACCGGCAAAGAACGUGACAUUAGGAGCUUGGACACCAACACUGUCAUUGGGACUAAGAAGACCCUUGUUUUCUAUGAAGGCCGUGUUCCCCGUGGUGUCAGGUCCAACUGGGUUAUUCACGAAUAUCAUGAUGCCACCUUUCAUCAAUCCCAGAGGACUUUUGUUUUAUGUCGCUUGAUGAAGAAACCUGAGAAAAAAACUAAAGGUGGAACUGAUACACAGAUCUGUGAUGAAGGGGAGUCCAGUAGAAGCAUGGUUUCUGACUAUGAAAAUCGUCAAGCAACGGCAGAAGGAAUUCCAUCUGGAAGUACUUUUACCGGAGUGGAAAUAAUCUCUCAAGCAACGCCUCAGACAGAGUCUCCAACUGGUGUUCAGCAUGAAGAACCUUCUUUUUCAACCUACCCAUUUUACAAUGCCUAUUUUAGAAAUGAAAACAACGUUAUGCAGACUCCAUUUGAAACUACAGAGAAAGAUGAAUUUCUUAUGCAUACUCCAUUUGAAACUACAGAGAAAGAUGAAUUCCUUAUGCAGACUCCAUUUGAAACUACUACGGAAGAUAAAUUCCUUAUUCAAACUCCAUUUGAAACUACUGAGGUAAAUGAGUUCAUCAAUUCACUUUUAGCCGAUGAGAAUCUAGUUAUCGAUGAAGAAAGCAUGCAUGUUUUUGUCAACAACUCCAUCCAAUCAGAGUCAUUGAGAAGGGUAUACUGUGAAAGCAGUGAUACAGAUGCUGAAGUCGUCUCAAAACUGGAUGACAAAAUUGUAGAUACUUCAACAAUGUAUAAUGAAUAUUCUAAUUUAGAUCAAUACCAUGCAUCAAAAAGGUUUAAAUCAUCACAUGAUGUUGUCUAUGGUGACACAUGGCUUCAAUCUUCUAACAAUGAAGCAAACCAAGAAAAAGAAAAGAGCAUAUUUCAAGAUAAUUUUUGGGGAGUUGAGACAUCCUCUUUUGACUCCACUGCAAAUAAACCUUUGGAGAUCAAUUGUACUGAAAUUUCUAGUUCUCCUUUCACUCCAAGGAGUUGGGAAAGUCAGUAUCAUCCAAGACCUAACAAUUUCACAUCACAAAAGGCUGAUGAAGAUCUUAAACGCAAACGAAGGUUUAAAACAGUGCAGUAUCCUGAGUAGAGGUUCAGAAGGAGUUUCCCAUUGCAAAAUAAGAAAUAUGCUCAAAAUACUACUUCAGGAGAGAACUUAGAAACCAGAAACCACCAAUCCUAUGAUGACAAUAGAAAUGGUUCACAUGUAUUUUGCACUUAUGCAUGCUCGCAUCUUUCAUAUCAUAAUUUAAUAUCUCUGCUUAUCAUUUGUAGCCUUUUUCAUAGUCAUUAAUUUUGCAAUUGCAAUCUCUGAUACCUGGGUUAUUAAAAUAUGAAGUAAACCCCUACAGUGAUUGUCUAAAGUUUAGCAUAGCACUAGGGUAGUCCUUCAAAGAUUUAUUAUCACCAAAGUUGUCUUUCAAUGAUAAAUAGUAGUUAUCAAGUUUUCCCUUUUGGGUCUCCAGUCACUGGUGACAUCUUAAUAUUUGGAAGACCAAUUUAAGGAUUUACUCCUUAAAUAUGUGGUAACAAACUUUAAGGCUAAACAAAUUUAUUUUGUUUCAUGAAUUUUGAGCAAUUCAUGAA